UGCGGGUGACGUGCGGCCGCCAUCUUCCCGUCCCGGGCAGCCAGCGCCAGUCGGAGCCAGAGCGAGCCGCCGCCGCCGCCAUCACUGCCGCUGCCAAAUCCUCCGCCCGUUUCCCCCGCCAUGUCGGCUACCGCUGCCACCGUCCCCCCUGCCGCCCCGGCCGGGGAGGGUGGUCCCCCUGCACCCCCUCCAAACCUCACCAGUAACAGGAGACUGCAGCAGACCCAGGCCCAGGUGGAUGAGGUGGUGGACAUUAUGAGGGUGAACGUGGACAAGGUCCUGGAGCGGGACCAGAAGCUGUCGGAGCUCGAUGACCGUGCCGAUGCACUCCAGGCAGGGGCUUCCCAGUUUGAAACAAGUGCAGCCAAGCUCAAGCGCAAAUAUUGGUGGAAAAACCUCAAGAUGAUGAUAAUCUUGGGAGUGAUUUGCGCCAUCAUCCUUAUCAUCAUCAUCGUUUACUUCAGCACUUAAAUUCCCGAGGAGUCUGCCCUGCCUAGAGAAGGGCCUCUCCCCUACCCCCCCGCCGUUCCUCCACCUCUCAGCCAUAUCUUUCAGCCCCCAUCCCCUGGAUCCGUGUGUGUGUGUCCGUGUGUGUGUUCCCCUGUAAAUAGCCAGCUGUUAUUUAUACAUAUAUAAUAUUAUAUAUAUUUGGUCUGUUUGUAGUUUUAUUACUAGAAGAUUUUUCCGGUUGUCCUUAACACCCCUUCCUGAGGUUUCCAUCACCUUCUCUCUCCUACCUUCCUUUUCCCUCGCUUCCUGAUCUGUCCCAGAUUCCUUCAUUUGCAUCUGCUAUGCAAUAGUCCCUCUCUUCUCCUUCCCUCGGAUUUAAACUGACCCUCCCCAGCUCACCUCCCCCUAUUCAGUCCCCACCAAAAAUAGGUAAAACACACCUGUCCAGGCCUCCUUUGGUGCGUCUUUGCAUCAGUUGGGAGGCUCUGAGACUGGCCCCACUUGGUCCUGAGAAUCCCAAAGUCUUUUGGGAGCUUCCAGCAUGUUAAUUAAUGUAUCAUUUGCAUACCAACAUCCUUUUUGGUUUCCUUUUUUUGUUUGUUUGUUUCAUCUUCUCUCAACCUGUUUCUUUUUUUUACUGAGGAAUUAGUCUCAUUGGUCCUUGUAUCACACUUUCAUUUGCACGACAUUACUUGCAGGUGGUGGGGAACCUGGGAUUUGGGGGAACCAGGCUGCUCUGGCCCCCAGAAUUGUCCCUUCCUAGCCCCUCUAGUCCAGUUUACCUCUCCUACCUCCAUUUUCCAGACCUCUUGUAUCCUUUGCUCCCUCCCCCAGCUGGUGUGUAAGUGUCUUGGAGUUCAGUGUGUUAUGAUGGACCAAUAAUUCUGCCACUUGGGGUCUCUCCCUACAUUCCUGCUCCCCAGUUUUCAUGUGGGGGCACUUAACUGACAUUCCCAUGGGGUUUUCCUCCCUCCCAUCUGCCUGAUCCACCUCCUCCUCCCACCAGGAGAGUUGGGGGUUGGCUACAAUCUGAUCUCUUUUGGGAGGGGUGGCUACCAGUGUAUGGGGGAGGGGGUCAUCACUGCCUUGCGGGAGGAGUGGGAAAAGGCAGAGAAUCCCCCCAGUUCCUGCCUGAAACCUCUAGCUUCACCCGUGUUAGAGGUUGGACUGAAAUCCUGCCUCCCCAAUUUGGGGGAUGUUGCUCCCAUCACUGCCCAGCUCCUCUGACUGCCACCCUGUAUUCAGGGUGGGGAUACUAGUCACUGCCAAUGUGUGGAUGGUCUUGCUGGAUGAUGGGGCUCCUCACCCCUCUCCAGGGCUGUUGAGCCCAGAGAGAGAGAGAGAAAGAGAGUGAGAGAGAGCGUGAGAGAGCGAGAGAGCUGUCCUUUCAUUAGGUGAAGUUAUAAGAGGAAGAAGGGUCUAAUGACUUUUUACUAAAUGGCACAGUUUUAGGGGUUUGAGGGUGAAGUCCCUUAACCUACCACUGGACGGGGCCCCCAAACUCUUUAUCCCCCCACACUGUGUGGAGGGGGAGCAGGGAGAUUUAAACUGUUGUGUGAAAGGGUAGGAGAGAUGCUGGGGGUGGGGGUGCUGUGUUCUAGACCCCCCAUAUUAUCCCAGUGUCCCCUGCCUUCCCUCUUUCCCCACCCAUACCCCCAAUUCUGUGGCGCAUCCAGAUUGUGAAAAUGUACAAUAAAUGUGUAAUGAGUAAC